AUGAAAGAUUAGUUACACAAGUAAACAAUUAGUCCUCAACCUCAAAAAUAAAAAUCAUAAAAUUUUCAUAGAAGAUUUACAAGUUCAUAGAUUAAAAUUGUAGGAAAAAAUCAAGAAUCAUUAGAUCAUCUUACUAAAAAAUUUUAAAGUAUUAUACUUUGAUCAAUUGUAGUGCAAGAUUUAUAAUAAUUGCUUAAGAUGGGUCCCUACAAUAAAAUACUUCAAUCUAAAGUUAACUCUUAGAUGCUUAUUCAUGAAAGCUUUUCUAAAUAAUAUUUGAAAGAUUUAAAUGUAGUCGAUAUACCAAAUAAAUAAACCAAUUUUCAAUAAAACUAUGUUAAAAAAGUACCACUCUGA